UAGCAUCGGCUAGGCGUCUGCUAUCCAAAUGCAGUCAAGAUCGAAGAACUCGGACAACCGAGACUCUAACCAGGAGGACUUUGAUUUGGAUACACAGACGCGAUACCACGUCUGUGAAAAAUAUGGUCCACCUGAGCAGCAGGAGGGGUCCUCCAGUAUGGAGCAGAAGAGCUCACAGCACCUCCACGUGAAAGAAGAGGAGCCACAGCCCCCCCACUUCAUAGAGGAAGACAAGAGACACCUCAUCAGUGUGAAGAGUGAAGAUGAUGAGGUCAAAGGUGAGAGUGAGGAGAAGAGAAGCAGCAGCUCAACACAACACAUGACAACAGAAGCUGAUGGAGACCACUGUGGAGGAUCACAAGCAGACAAGAUCUUAGCUCCACUAUCAGAUAGUGAGGACACAACGUCACACUCUCCUGACACUGAUGAUGAACACUCUAAACAUGAUAAGACAUGUCACACUGACAACACUCACUUCACAUGUUCUCUCUGUCACACAACUUUUAAUGACCGCAGUAAUUUAAAAGUACACAUGAGAACACACACCGGAGAAAAACCUUUUUUGUGUUCAAUCUGCAGUAAAGCUUUUACUCAAAGGCCCAAUUUCAAAGUACACAUGAGAAGACACACUGGAGAAAAACCUUUUUCCUGCUCAGAAUGUGGUAAAAGUUUUGUAGUAAAUGAAAGUUUAAAAGUUCAUAUGAGAACACACACUGGUGAAAAACCUUUUUCCUGCUCAGAAUGUGGUAAGAGUUUUGUAGUAAAUGAAAGUUUAAAAGUUCACAUGAGAAGACACACUGGAGAAAAACCUUUUUCCUGCUCAGAAUGUGGUAAACGUUUUGUAGUAAAUGAAAGUUUACAAGUUCACAUGAGAACACACACUGGAGAAAAACCCUUUUCCUGCUCAGAAUGUGGUAAAAGUUUUGUAGUAAAUCAAAGUUUAAAAGUACACAUGAGAACACACACUGGAGAAAAACCUUUUUCAUGCUCAAUCUGCAGUAAAGAUUUUACUCAAAGGCCCCAUUUCAAAGCACACAUGAGAAUGCACUCUGGUGAAAAACCGUACUCCUGUUCAAGCUGCAACAAAAGCUUUCGUCACCUAAACACUCUUAGAACACACAUGAGAAGACACCCAGGAGAGAAAGUGUUGAGUUGCAGUGUGUGUGGUGAAAGAUUGUCUUCUAAGUACCAGUGUAAGAAACACAAGUGUGCUGGUGAGAACAGCAGCAGCAAAUGAAGUUUUACAUGUGUUCAUACUUUUGCUUUUGAGUACACAUAAAUCCCUCUUAGUUCAUAUUUACUGGUUCACAUCUGAAACAUCUUCUGGACCACUUCUGGAAGCAUAUUAUUAUUUACUUUAUACAUCAUUUGAGCAGUUGUCUUUUAUACAAGUUUAAAAUGUGUGACUUUAUGAAUCAUUAGUUGGGUCUCUAUAAUCCAUUCUAUUAAUUGUCUUUAUUACUCUCUUGUGUAAUAUGAAUAUUGUUGUGUGAUUGUUUUAUAUGUAUGUCCCCAGACCUUUAUGCAAUAAACAAUGUAUGCU